GUCCAUCCAUUCUUUCAUUCCCUAACAAAACCCUACAUCAUGUCGAAGCUGCAGACUUCUAGCGUGCGAAACUCGGUUAAAACCGUUCUGGCUCAGUCGGGCGAGACUACAUACAAAGAAGCAGGUGGCAAGAAGAGAAACUUUGUCGAGACGAUCGAACUCCAGAUCGGUCUCAAGAACUAUGACCCCCAGAGGGACAAGCGUUUCUCCGGUACCGUCAAACUGCCCCAUGUUCCCCGUCCUAGGAUGGCUCUAUGUAUCCUUGCUGAUGCCAUGGACGUUGAUCGUGCCAAACAACUCGAUGAGGAAUUGCCGUUCAUGACUGUUGACGAUCUGAAGAAACUGAACAAGAACAAGAAACUCGUCAAGAAAUUGGCUCAGAAGUACGAUGCUUUCUUGUCUUCUGAAGCUUUGAUCAAACAGAUUCCCCGUCUUCUCGGUCCUGGUCUAUCCAAAGCCGGUAAAUUCCCCACGCCCGUGUCCCACUCUGAAGACCUCGCGCGUAAAGUCAUUGAAGUCCGAUCCACGAUCAAAUUCCAGUUGAAAAAGGUUCUCUGUCUCGGUGUCGCCAUUGGACAUGUCAACAUGGACGAGGAUCAAGUGAUGCAGAACGUCAUGUUGGCCAUCAACUUUUUGGUAUCUUUGCUCAAGAAGCAGUGGCAGAACGUCGGAUCUCUCACGAUCAAAUCCAGCAUGGGCAAGCCUCUUCGCUUGUACUAGUCUCUCCCUUCUUUCACCCAGCCUCGCGCAACACGUAGCAUUCGUCGGUUCGGACUGAGAUGGCACAAAAGGAGCCGUCGCACGCUAUACCCAAGUCGCUGCUUUUGGCACGUGACCGAGGGGAGCUGUCUCUUCUGAUCGAUGCAUCGCUAUGUGUUGCGAAGGUGCAGAUUCUG